AUGUCGACCACAGCAUAUCAAACUACGGCCAAGCCGAGAGGCCGCAAAGAUCUGGAGCAAGUCGACAGCGACUUGUCUAGUAGCAGAGCGUCUAGUCAGGCUUCAAUACGACUGGCAAAGACAGUAUCAAGGGGGCUUGAAGACUUCCAGAGCCCUUCUAAGUCCAGACCUGGAUCGCCCUUUUUCUGGCACAAGAACAGGGCCAUCGACCCAGCUGUGCUACGAGACUCAUCAUCUGUGUCCAUCCAGGCAGCUGCGAGUGAUGACUUGAAUGGCAGAACACGACCAGUGUCAGCGAGCUUUAUGCGUACUUCUCAAGACGAUCCAUUGAUACCGGGCGCAUUUCCCAAUACAUCUGAAUCACAACCAUCAACAAUGGGCGCCUCGAAUACUCUCUCACGGGUUGUUUCGCAAUCAAUGCCAGGUACUCGGCGCUCAACUUCCACCUCAAGAACCCGCUCACUCAAUCAGUCCUCGAUUUCACGGAUGCAGCCUACUGUCGUAGAUGCUUCGGACGAUGAGACGGGGAAAGCCUUGACCACUGCGCGUUCAAGCGCGGCGUCGCUUGAGCUGAAAAGCCCGCAGACGUCUGACCUAGGCGUCAAGCCUGAAAAGCCACCAACGCCGCCCCCUCCGCCGACUCAUACACCACCGAAGCCACCAGCGGUGCCCGACACCCAGAGUGCAGCGAAGGAUAACACAUGGCCAGCGCCGCCGGGAUCAGACACAUCGAGACGAGGAUCGCUUCGCAGCGGUAGCAGACCGUCCUAUUUGGUCACAUCUAAGCCCUCGUACAAUGCGCCUCCUUCCAGCUUUCCGACUGCAUCACCGUACCCGCAUCCUGCAGAUGGAGGACCGCGGUCUGACCAUGGCUCCCCGUUCCCUACUGGAUCGCCUGCACAAUCACCUACUAUGAUGCAUGCGCCUACUUUCAGCGCUCUCCCGGGCCCUGGCUAUCCGUAUGGCUAUCCUCCGCAAGCAGGUUCUGCACAAUUCCCGCCGCCGGCCUACUACAGCGACUCGCAGCACCUAUCAAGUCCACCACUAUCCAGCAAGUACCAAGAGCCCAGGAACGCGGGCGCCCAAGAAGACACGCAGGAUUGGUCGAAGCUGACGAGAGUCUUGCCAGAGCUGAACAGGCUGCUCUCAAAAUAUGAAGCACAGAAGGGACAACCAUCGGCCGAGGGGUCGUUCGCAAGUCAGCUAGACCACCACAGAACGCACGAGAUUGCUAGCCUUCGAGUUGAGCUAGAGGCCAACAAGAGCGAGUAUGAAAAAGUCAUCCAGAAACUCAUAGCAGAGUCUUUCGCUCUGAAACGCCAGGUUGAGGACCGCGACAAGGACGUGCAUUCUAUGCAAGCAGCAGUCACAGAUCUGAGGACGCGACAGGAGAAGCACAAUGUGGCUGAAGCAGAGCGCGGAGAAGCCAACACACGUCAAAUGCGACUCCAGGAGGAGCACGAUGGUCUGGCUGUAAAGCUCGAACGAACAGUCUCUGAGCUGCAGGAGGUCAAGACGUCUCGUGAUCACAUCAGGAAGCAGCACGAAGAAAUCUACAACGAACUGAACUACUACAAGAACGAGGCGUCCAACUGGAAAAGCAAAUAUCAGGGAGCGAUCGACGCAUCUGAUCAGGCACGGCUUGCCAAAGAAGAUCUAGUCUCUGCGAAGAUGCAACUGGAGUCUCAGGUGGAUGAGUUGCGCCGCAAGGCACAAGCACGAGAAGAGAAACAUCAUGCUGAGAUGAAAGCUCUCCGGAAAGACUACGAAGUCCUCCUCGACACCAAAGACAAGGAGCGCAGCAUCCUUUCAGGUGAUCAUAAAGCAGCCAUCGGAUCGGUCCAACUUGAAUUGGCGGGCCUGAUCGACCGCCAUAGUCGGCAGAAGAAAGACCUAGAAUCUUCGAAAACCCACGCAUUCAACCUGGAGAAAAAGCUCGAGUCCAAGACGAAGGAGCGAGAAGAGCAGUCCAUAAGACAUAGACAGCAGAUGGAGGCGAAGACCAAGGAGAUCGAUGAUCUCGCGGCUUCACAUCGUCGACAACUAGAGGCUCAACUUGCCUCGUUGACCGCACAACGCGAGAAGGAUAUAGAGAAUCUGAAGCACGAUCACGAGAAGGCAGUCCAGAGCACGAGGAAAGAGCAUGACACAAGAAGCAAAAGGAUGCGCGAGGAUCAUGCAGCGGAACUGAGAAGCAAACAAGCUGAUCUCGACAAGCAGAAGUCCGCUUACGAUGCGGUUCUGCGCGACACCCAAAACCUUCGAGCGACGCAUGAGCAGCUCACAGUAGCUAUGGUGUCGUGGAAGAAGCGACAGGAAGAGUGGCAGGCCGAGCAGAAGAAGAUUAGCGAGAUCAUGGAAGGCUCAGUCCUUCUGGAAAGUCGUAGGAGGAUACCUGUGAUGCGAUACCCGAUACCCCUGUACGAGCUAUAG